CUAGUGAACGAAUGCUGGGCUUGUCUUAAUCAAAGAGAAACAUGCAAAAGCUUAAUGGGAUAGAAGUGAAUUCUUCGGAGAAUCAAUUUUAAAUGGUUGUAACAAUGAUUUGGUAGAUCUGUUUCCCAGACAAAAUUCACAGAUGGUCCACAAAAAAUACCACCGUGACUGAGGGUAGAGCACUGUGUCUCAGGGGAUGAAUAAACAGUGGGAAAAGAGAAGGGAGGAAAUCUUUUGCAGUGACAGUGCCACAGAGAUGUUGUGUCAUAAGACUACAGCCAGAGCAACAGUGAUUUCAAGCAUGUGUUUAUUUUGCAUCUGUCUUUCAAGCUAUGUCAUGCGGUAUCCAUUAUUUAGCAUCUGUGUUCAUGGCUGUUACUCCUAACUUUGUAUGUGGGUUCCCUGGAAAUGUGAGUAAUAUUCUUUUCCACAACUCCUCCGCAUCAAGUAUACAGGACAUCUGGACACUAUGGACAUCAACAGAAAAUUACAUUGUAGUCCAGCUGGAAAAUGGAGAAAUUUGGGAAAUUAAUCAGUGCAGCAGAUCCAAACGAGAAGUCAGUUUGGAUCUGGCAUAUGAAUACAAAGGCAACAAAUCUGUAUUUUCGUGUUCUGAUGGAUUUCUCUAUGAUGAUACAAAGUGGAAGAGCACUGUUGUUACGCAGUGGGAUCUAGUCUGUGACCGAGAAUGGCUUGCAAAAUUAAUCCAGCCCACAUUCAUGCUUGGAGUCUUGAUUGGAGCAGUGAUUUUUGGUGACAUUGCUGACAGGCUGGGAAGACAGCGUGUUAUAUGGUUCACAAGUGCUGGUCAGUUUGUAUUUGGCAUUGCAGUGGCCUUCACAUUUGACUACUACAGUUUUGUGACUGUGCGCUUUCUCCUUGCUAUGCAGAGCAGGGAGAGUCUGAAUAUUCUUGGACCACAGCAGUUUUCCUCUUUGAAUUAAUAGAAAGCGUCUGUAUGAAGCAGUGUUUGGUACUUCCUCCAUCCCAACCUCUGCUGGACUGGUAAUUAAAUACCAAGUGUGAGCAGCAAACUCUGGAUUCUGCAUUGCAGCUGCAGUUGCAUUUCUCCUCAUUGUUAGAAAUGCAGUGUAGUUUUUCUUAAACUAGCAAAUCUAUAAUAAGUAUUAUUUUUAUCUCUACCAUUUUGAGUGAUGGAGGAGAGAUGCACAUUUUCUCUUCUAUGCAUCUCUUUGGUCUUUUAAGCUGUAUGUGGAAUACUAAAUACAUAGGUAGAUAUGUUUAACAGCUAGAUGUUUUAUGCUGUACUUAAGAGUAUUUCAGUAUAUGUGUUUAUGCAUACCUACACACAUACUUUUAUGUAUAUGUGUGGUAUAUAUUCCAUAUCUGAUAUAUAUUCAAUAUUUAUACGUAUUACACAAUUUUAAAUAACUGUUUUACAGCCAAAAAUGUACUAUUAGUAGCUUUUCACCACAUAAUGCAUACAGAAAUUAGAAUGCCAUCACACAAAAAAAAUGAUGUAACUUAUUUAAUGU